AUGAAGUUCAGUCAAAUAUCGAAGGAAGAUUGGAAAAAAAAUAAGAUUCCAACUGAUACAUAUCGAAAACAGCAAAAGAAGAAAGAAAGAAAAAAAAAAAAAAAAGAAAGAAAUGAACAAUUAGAAAAAAUUAUAAGUAAAAAAAACCCUUACGUAGUUAAAGAAAAAUUAGAUAUUCUUAAAAAAAAAGAAAGCCAAGGAAAAUUAUUACCAUUUGAAAAAAAAAAAAAAAAACAAUAUGAAGGAUUAUGGAAUUUAAUAAAAGAAAAAGUAAAAAAUAAAAGUUAUGUAUAUAAUAAUAAUGGAGUAGUAUAUAAUAUAAAUGAUAAUGAAAAUAAAUGUGAAGAGGAAUUAUCUAAAACGAUAUCAGAUACCGAUUCAAAUAUCAAUAAUGAAAAUGAUACAAAUUCAUUUGAAUCAUCAUAUUAUUCACAUAAUGAAACAAUAAAAAGUGAGAGUGAUAAAGACGAAAAUAAUUUUUUGGAUGAAUUACCAUCUUUACCUAACGGGUUACCAAAUGAAUGUAUAGAAGAAUAUACACGGUUAUAUGAAAAUGGAUGUUUGAAUUCUAACUCUAUUUCUAAUACAAACAAUUAUUAUUAUUAUCAAUUUGAAGUACCUGACAAAAAUAACAAUAUUUCUAAAGGUUAUAUGCAUAACCAACUACUUCAUAAUAAUAACAGUAAUGCAAAUGUAUAUCAAGCAUAUUUAGUGAAUUAUUAUUACAAUUCAUAUGCACAACAUUAUAAUAACUUAAUUUAUAACAAUAAUUAUAUGAACACACAAUAUACAAAAGAACCCAUAUCCAAUUCUAUAAAAAAUAGUGAUAUAAAAAGUAAUGACUUUGUUAAUACAUAUAAUAAUAAAGAAAAAACAAAUUUUACAAGUAAUUUAGUAAUUGAAAAAAAUGAUAAAGAAAAUGACAUUUUGAAUAUAGCCAACAAUAAUGAUAAGCAAUUAAUCUUUACUGAAAAUAUUGAAUCAAACAAUGCUAAGGAAUGUGAUAAUUAUAGUGUUACAGAAGGGGAGGUAGCCAAUAAUAUAAAUCAGAAAAAUAGUGAAAAAAAUAAUAAUGGUACAUACGAAGUACCUAACUUGAAUGAUGCGAACUAUCCAAACUAUUACAUGAAUUAUUAUAAAAAUUUUAAUAUGUAUAUGAAUAAUGCAUUUAACAAAAUUAACAAAAGCAAUAAUAUAAACCCUAUACAAAAUAAUCCAAAUAACUAUUACUAUAAUUAUUCUUUUAAUUAUAAUAAUGUGAACAAUAAUAUUCCAUCACCACCGGGAUAUAAUAAUAUUCAAAACAGUUUUAUAAAUAACAAUAAUAAUAUAAAUUCGGGUUUUAAAAAUAAUAUGAACUCCAAAAAUUUUCCAAAUAAAGGAAAAAGACAUAAUAAUAAUUAUGGUGAUGCAAAAAAUAUUGCAUAUUCAUCACCAAAAAAAAAUAAAACAGGAAAUAGUAACAUUUUUUAUAAAAAUUCUUCAAAUAAUAUAAAUAUGAAUAUUCAUGAAUCAAAUGAAAAUGAAAAUGAAAAUGAAAAUAAAAAUAGUGAUGUACAUAAUUUUAAUGCACCGACUAAAGAAAAAGAAAAUAAUAUACAAUACUUUGUUCCUAUCAAUUUAAGAGUAAAAAAUAAAUUAAAUGAUUUAUGUGAAACAAAAAUUAAUGUAGUUGACAACAAAAAUAAAAAUUAUGGUAAAAAUGAUGAUAAAAAUAGUGAUAAAAACAUUAAUAUAGACAUGGAAUAUAAUAAAUUUAUUAAGGAAGUAGAUAUGAAUUAA